UACAUACAGAGUGAGAGAGAGAGAGAGAAACACAGAUUUCUAUAUAAACCCAUGGAUACCAAAUCCAACCUCUCUCAAAUUUGACAAAUUAGGUUGCAGGUUAUGGCGGAUUCAAGCGAUUCUAUCUCCAUUGACAUGGAAUCAAGCUCUGUUUCCGCAAAGGAACACCUUGUGAAAACUUCUAAUGGAUUUGUAUCCGUUGCCAUAUUCGGGGACCAGGACAAGCCAGCUCUCGUUACAUAUCCUGAUUUAGCUUUAAAUCACAUGUCCUGUUUUCAAGGGCUUUUCUUAUGCCCUGAGGCUUUUUCGCUGCUGAUUCAUAAUUUCUGCAUUUACCAUAUUAGCCCCCCUGGCCACGAGUUGGGAGCUGCUGCGGUGUCCUAUGAUUAUCCGGCAUUAUCUGUUGAUGACUUAGCUGAUCAGGUUGCUGAGGUUCUUGACUAUUUUGGACUUGGUGCAGUUAUGUGCAUGGGAGUGACUGCUGGUGCAUACAUACUCACCCUGUUUGCUAUAAAAUAUACACGUCGUGUGCUUGGUCUCAUACUUGUUUCUCCUCUAUGUAAAGCACCUUCCUGGACAGAAUGGUUGUGUAACAAGCUUAUGGCAAACAUACUUUAUUACUACGGGAUGUGUGGUAUGGUAAAGGAGUUACUGCUAAUGCGUUAUUUCAGCAAGGAAGUUCGUGGAGCAGCGAUGAGUCCCGAAACAGAAAUAGUGCACUCGUGUAGGAGAUUGCUUGGUGAGAGGCAGAGUGCAAAUGUGCUCAACUUUCUUGAAGCUAUUAACGGGAGACCAGACAUCACGGAAGGAUUAAAGAAAUUGCAGUGUCGCUCCCUAAUCUUUGUGGGAGAAAAUUCUCCGUUCAAUUCUGAAUCUCUUCACAUGACGUCAAAACUAGAUAGAAGAUUCAGUGCAUUGGUAGAGGUUCAAGGAUGUGGAUCGAUUGUAACAGAGGAGCAACCAGAUGCAAUGUUGAUACCACUGGAAUAUUUCCUCAUGGGUUACGGGCUCUAUCGGCCCGCUGAGACGGACGUAAGCCCAAGAAGCCCAUUAAGCCCAACUUCCAUCUCCCCCGAACUUUAUACGCCAGAAAGCAUGGGCUUAAAACUAAAGCCCAUUAAAACUCGACUUUCACAAAUCUGAAAGGAGAGGUAAGAUGGUAUAUUUGCAAGAUUUUGUAAUUCUGUGUAUGUCAUGAGAUGUAUUUGAGGAUUAGUAUGAAGGUAUAUAGACACAGGAGAGAAAUUUAUAGAGAGCAAAGAUUGAAAUAAUCCAAAAAAAAAAAAA